AUGGUACGCCCUAGCAGCCCCGAACAUCUAAGGCCAUCACAUACCUGCUGUCUCUCUGCCACGCGUGCCUUUCUGCAACAUAACCCUCUAAGAAGUGCACGGAUCGCUCCACCAACUAAGAACGGCCAUGCACCACCACCCACCGAAUCGAGAAAGAGCUAUCGAUCUGUCAAUCCUACCGGUUUUCAGCUUUGCAACCAUACUCCCCCCGGAACCGAACUCUGGUUUCCCGCAGGCUACCCGCCGGGUCAUGGAAGCGAACGCCAGCGAAUCGCCGGUCGGCAUCGUUUACGGUCGGAACUACGACGGUAUCUGAUCGUCUUCGAACCUCCGACUUUCGCUCUUGAUCGAGGAAAACAUGCUUGUCAAAAGGCAUCGAUACGGUUCGCCAUGAAACGAUGUAAGAAUUUCACUUCAAGCGUCGCGCUACUAAUGGCGCCGACCGCUCCCUUCGAUCAUUGCCUCAUUAAGGUUUUUAUUAUGUGA